UGCGGGGCUGGGGCGUUAGCUGCGUCCCGGCUCGGAGCCCGCGAAGAGGUCUAGGAGGAAGGCGCCGCUGGUGCCGCGGCAGCAGUGUUCCGGGCGCCACGAGCCAUGAGCAGCGGCCCCUCGGGCGGCCCCGCUGUCGCUAGCCGCCGCUGAGCCCGACCGGGAGACAGCCCCCUGCGCCCCAACACCUCCCCAGCUGGCACCCGCGCGCCCGGAGUUAUUUGUGAUUUUGGAAGACCAGAAAGCAGCACAAAAGCAAGAAAGCUAAUUAUCCCUCCUAAAGGAACACAUUUAGGUUGGGUGAGAAAAAAAAUAUCUUCUGCCAUCUGAGUAGAAUAUACAAAACAUGAUUCCGGUGACAGAAUUCCGGCAGUUCUCUGAGCAGCAGCCUGCCUUCCGGGUGCUGAAGCCAUGGUGGGACGUGUUCACCGAUUACCUGUCGGUGGCUAUGCUGAUGAUCGGUGUGUUCGGGUGUACUUUACAGGUCAUGCAAGACAAGAUCAUCUGCCUUCCGAAAAGAGUUCCGCCUUCUCAGAACCACUCUGCCAUUUCAAAUGUCUCGCAGGCAGUUGCCAGUACCACCCCGCUGCCUCCACCGAAGCCGUCUCCUGCUAACCCUGUCACUGUGGAAAUGAAGGGACUGAAGACAGAUCUGGACCUUCAGCAGUACAGCUUCAUAAACCAGAUGUGCUAUGAGCGAGCCCUCCACUGGUACGCCAAGUAUUUCCCUUACCUUGUCCUUAUCCAUACCUUGGUCUUCAUGCUCUGCAGCAACUUUUGGUUCAAAUUCCCUGGCUCCAGCUCCAAAAUAGAACAUUUCAUUUCAAUCCUGGGGAAGUGUUUUGACUCUCCCUGGACCACACGGGCUUUGUCUGAAGUGUCUGGGGAGGACUCAGAAGAAAAGGACAACAGGAAGAACAACAUGAGCAGGUCCAACACCAUCCAGUCUGGGCCAGAAGGCAGCCUGGCCAACUCUCAGUCCUUAAAGUCAAUUCCUGAGAAGUUUGUGGUUGACAAGUCGGCUGCAGGGGCUCUGGAUAAGAAGGAAGGGGAGCAAGCGAAGGCCUUAUUUGAGAAGGUGAAGAAGUUCAGGCUGCACGUAGAAGAAGGUGAUAUACUAUAUGCUAUGUAUGUCCGCCAGACUGUACUUAAGGUUAUAAAAUUCCUGAUCAUCAUUGCCUAUAAUAGUGCCCUGGUUUCCAAAGUCCAGUUUACCGUGGACUGUAAUGUUGACAUUCAGGACAUGACUGGAUAUAAAAACUUUUCUUGUAAUCACACCAUGGCACACUUGUUCUCAAAACUCUCCUUUUGUUACCUGUGCUUUGUAAGUAUCUACGGACUGACAUGCCUUUAUACCUUGUACUGGCUGUUCUACCGUUCUCUAAGGGAAUACUCUUUCGAGUAUGUCCGGCAGGAGACCGGAAUUGAUGAUAUCCCAGACGUGAAAAAUGACUUUGCUUUUAUGCUUCAUAUGAUAGAUCAGUAUGACCCUCUGUAUUCCAAGAGGUUUGCAGUGUUCCUGUCUGAAGUGAGUGAAAACAAAUUAAAGCAGCUGAACUUAAACAACGAGUGGACUCCUGACAAACUGAGGCAGAAGCUGCAGACAAAUGCCCAUAACCGGCUGGAGUUACCUCUUAUCAUGCUCUCUGGCCUUCCAGAUACUGUUUUUGAAAUCACAGAGUUGCAAUCUCUAAAACUUGAAAUCAUUAAGAAUGUAAUGAUACCAGCCACCAUUGCACAGCUUGACAAUCUCCAAGAACUCUCUCUACACCAGUGCUCAGUCAAGAUCCACUGUGCAGCACUGUCUUUCCUGAAAGAAAACCUGAAGGUCUUGAGUGUCAAGUUUGAUGAUAUGAGGGAGUUGCCCCCCUGGAUGUAUGGACUCCGGAAUCUGGAAGAGCUCUACCUGGUUGGCUCUCUAAGUCAUGAUAUUUCCAAAAAUAUCACCCUUGAGUCUCUGCGGGAUCUCAAAAGCCUUAAAAUUCUCUCCAUCAAAAGCAAUGUUUCCAAAAUCCCUCAGGCAGUGGCUGAUGUUUCCAGCCACCUCCAGAAGAUGUGCAUACAUAACGAUGGCACCAAGCUGGUGAUGCUCAACAAUUUGAAGAAGAUGACCAAUCUAACGGAGCUGGAGCUAGUCCACUGCGACCUGGAGCGCAUUCCUCACGCUGUGUUCAGCCUGCUUAGCCUCCAGGAAUUGGACCUCAAGGAAAAUAACCUGAAAUCUAUAGAAGAAAUCGUCAGCUUCCAGCACCUGAGAAAGCUGACAGUGCUAAAACUGUGGCACAACAGCAUCACCUAUAUCCCAGAGCAUAUAAAGAAACUCACCAGCCUGGAGCGUCUGUCCUUCAGUCACAAUAAAAUAGAGGUGCUGCCUUCCCACCUCUUCCUGUGCAACAAAAUCCGAUACUUGGACUUAUCCUACAAUGACAUUCGAUUUAUCCCACCUGAAAUUGGAGUUCUACAAAGUUUACAGUAUUUUUCCAUCACUUGUAACAAAGUGGAAAGCCUUCCAGAUGAACUCUACUUCUGCAAGAAACUUAAAACUCUGAAGAUUGGGAAAAACAACCUAUCAGUACUUUCACCAAAAAUUGGAAAUUUACUGUUUCUUUCCUACUUAGAUGUUAAAGGCAAUCACUUUGAAAUCUUGCCUCCUGAACUGGGUGACUGCCGGGCUCUGAAGCGGGCUGGUUUAGUUGUAGAAGACGCUCUGUUUGAAACUCUGCCUUCUGAUGUCCGGGAGCAAAUGAAAACAGAAUAACUUAUUUUUGUUUAAAAUUUGACUGAAACAUGCUUCUGCCAAAUACAAUAUAAAUAAUUAGGUAGUCUUAAUGCCUUUCCUAUUUUUUUUUCCACACAAAACAAAAUGUACACAAAGAUUAAGGAGUGUGUAUUUUUUAAUAAAAAUUUAAUUGUAUUUUUUCAAUAUUAAUAUUUUAAAGUUUUAUUUGUCUUUGAACCUAAUAUAUGUAUUAUUGUCUUCCACUGACAGAAACAGAUGGUUCUGUCUGUUUUUUUGUGGGGUUUUUUUUUGUCUUUUCAGUUACAUUCUUGUGAAGGGGAGGGAACUUUAUGUUGCAUGCUUUUGGGUAUUUUUUAAAUAGGUGAAGACAUUUUGCCAAGGUCAUUUUUAGCUUGUUUAUACCUGUAUGCAGUCCUUAUUUUUGUUUUCAUUGUAUGUGUGCCAAGAAAUCCGUGCUGGUUAUUUUAAUAUCAGCUGUAUUCCCCAUUGGCUAGCUCCUUCAUUCUACAGAAAACUCUUCUCUGUCGUGUGAAUUCACAUAAGUGCAUCAUCACAGACUAUUAUUUUUAUUCUCCCUCACCUUCCACAGAACCCUAAAUCAUGUUGUUUCAUAUAUCUGACAGUUAAAGUUAUCCUUAGAUAAGGAUUUUGUGAGUGAAGACAAUAAUCUUCCAUAUUUGGCUUGCUUGAACUGGUCAUUUAUAAUUUAACUGAUUUGCAUUUUUACGAACAUUAAAAAAAUAUCGUUUAAAAACAAGAUACAGAGAAUCCCACCCUUUAAACUCGAUAUUCCUAUGUAGUAUUGGUGAACAACCUUAACAAAAACUAGAUACUAGAUUUAUUUUAAUUAAUAGGUAAUUACAUUUAAAAAUCAUAGAAUUAGAAGCCUGUUUUUUGGCUAAUAUAAUCAUCUUUGAUAUCUUGAUAUGUGGGUACAUCAGAUGGAAAAAAAUCCACUAGUAAAGCUAGUGAGAAAAAACUCUGCUAAAGAGCUGGUACACUCCAGUGAAGCCCAUUGAUUUCUCCAGGCAGUGUGGCAGUGGUAAUCUAUUCAAACUCUGCCUGUUACACAAAAUAAUCCACUUAUAGACAUAUAUAAAAGUAGAUAUAUGAAUUGAUCUCACUCAAGCCUACCCUUGCUGUGAAUGCUGGGAAAUACAAGCGCAGGAACUCUUCACCUGCUCUCUUUGGCUUAAAAUAAGCAUCUCAUCUAAAAGAGUUCUGUUACUUUUUUUAAAGUGUGAAUACAUUGCUAAGUGGAUGUUACAUGGGAACAGCAGAGCUUUUAUUUAUCUUUGUUCUAAAAAACAUCUGACAUAACGUGGGUCUUCGGCAAAAUUUUUCACUGACUAUGAGUCUGUGUAGAACAGGAAAAUGAAAACACUCUUUGUGCCCUCAACCUGGGACCAACUAGUGCCACUGAUCAUGGGAAUUUUAUUUUACGUACCAAACUCACACUGUUUUCAGAUCUAAGAAAGUUCUGCCUCGUAGCAAUCAAAGAAAGUAGGAAGAUGAUGUGGGGUUUCAAAAUGCUGCUUUUAAAGUUUCUUCCUUGAUCCUGGUGACUUUGCUCAGUGCUGCUUUGAAUCAUAUAUGGAACACAAAUACAAGAACUACUCAGCAGAUGUAUGUACCUCAAUCAUGUUGUAAAUGUCAUACAUUGUGGGGUGAAGGCUUUGGGAAAGAGAUGCUUUUCAUUUAUGUAGUAAUUGAAUCAUGUAGACCAAAUGGUUUCACUGUUUCUGCCCUAUGUUAAAGUGUUGGAAUGAUGAUUUUGUAUAGCUGAUUUGUUUUGACCUAAAAUUGAAAUGAUAUGUUUAAAAUAAUAACAUGGCUGUAUUUCUUGUAGGAUCAUAUUCAAUUCCAGAAUAUUGUUAGGAUCUUGAUUAUGAAUGAUGUGUUGUACUUAGAAACACAACCCUGUUUUAAACAAAUUAACAAAAAACUUGGAAGAUUGUCUAUGGCUGAGCAUGACAAAAACACAUGUUGAAAGGUAAGCUUAGAUAACUACUAGUAAAACACUGGGUGCACUUUUUUUCUGCAUAAAAUUUAUAGUCCUUUUCUGUAUCAUGCUUCAGUAAGGAACUAUUCAGGUUAAAAAUCAUAUUUAUGCUGAAGUCUUUAUCUGGGGUUCACUCAAUCUCAUAUAGGUUCAUAACUGAAGUAAGUCACUAAUGUCGUUUUUAUCUCUCAUAACAAUUUGCUCAAAAUUAUAAAAGAAUUUGAUUUGCUUUCUUGAUUUCUCAGGCUGACCCCCAACCUAAAUUCUAAAUCACAACCUGCAAAUUAGUAUAGUUCUAUGACUUUAUGUUUUAACUAAGAAGGAAAAUUCAUAAAUGUUUCUAUUAGAUUUUGUAAAAAUUCUACGGUCUCAAACUUCAUCUUGAGUCCGAAUUUUCUGACUCUGGCCCUUUUUAAUAUUGUAGGUUUUUGCUCACGUUUGUAAGUAAAAAGCACUCAAUUACUAUUUAGCCUUUAAAUGGGAAACUCAACUCAGGUAAAUGAACUGCUGACUUUUCUGAAAUCCUUUAACAGAUCAACUCAGUGUGAAGGGGGUAUUUACGUAAUCCCUUUCUAAAUUUUACAAGUGCUCUUGCUAAAAAGGAACAACUAGCUGUCUUUUUCCAACCUCUAUGGUAUUCAUGCAAAACUGCUUGUGUAAAUAUAAAAGCACUCGUGCUUAAAACCCAUAAUGGGUACACUUUUUGGUCAGUUUUAAUGGUUGAGUGUAGAACAGACAAUUGUCUGGUGAUAGUCUGGUUGAAACAGAGCAGGUAAAUGUAUCCCAAUGGAAUGCACCUAAGAAGACCACACCUCUGAAAAUUAGUUGUGUGUUAGGUUUUUGUUCUGUUCUUAACACAAGUGUUUUCAAAAACUUUUGAUAUAAAGAUUCUUGAAGCAGUGAACUCUGUUAUUUACAGCUGUAAAGUGUUCUCGUUGGUCCGCUGUGACGUCCUACACAGCAAGCACUUUUUCAGAAAGCCUUGGGAAAUAUGCCUGCUAUGAGAAUUGGUGUUUAUUGAGAGGGGCCUCCUUAACUGCCUCUCAAAGCCAUCUUUGUAGAGAAAGGCUUAAGCAAACUGGAACCUUCCUUGGGUCCCUUGGGAUGAGGAAAGCCCAAGUUCUUGAGAUACGAUGUCUUCCAAUUUCUGAUAUUAAGGAAGAGAAGACAAAAGCUUUGUAUCUUGUUACCAUUUCCCCCAAGAGGAGUUUUACUGUUGUUUUCUUAAUUCUGUAAGAAAAAAAAAAUUCAACUUUUAAGUGGUUUAUUUUACUCUCGAAUCUCAUGCUAAACAACUGAUCAGUAGUAACAUUUUCUUAAACUAUGAGCAUUCAUGAUCCAUCUUAAUGAAAACUGUCAGCAGUACUUAGCAGUGAAUAGGUAAGAUGAAUUUCAAUAUGAUUUCCAUUUGUUUCAAGACUAAGAGUCAAUUAACUUUCUCCUGCUAAUCUUCAAUGUGCUAAUGCUAUUUGGGCAGUUCACAUUUUUGGCAGGAUCUCAGUAACUCAGACAAGGGUUCCAUACUGACCUUAAGUUAGCAAAACAAAUUAACAAAACAGCGCAGUUGUUAGUGAGGGGAUACUUAAGGGGUCUGCAAGAUGUUCUCAUCUUUUCUCGUCUACUCAGACACAUUGUAAGAAAACCUGAACAGUCCCAACAAGACCUGCCAUUGACUUUUAAGGUUUAGGCCUCAGUGACAUGCUUCUAAUUCGUAUGAGCCGUCUGAACAAGGCACCCCCUCUUAGCUCCACCUUCCCAAAUCCAUUCACUGAAAAAGGUAGCGACAGCCUUGCAUUCAUUUUGGUGAGAGAGAAGAGGGUUUUCUCUUGCCCUAAUGAAAUUUUUUUUUAAUCAAAGGACUUUGAAAAGGGGUAUGUACCUUGGAACAACUUAAUGUCUUGGCCAUGUUAAAUAACAGUUCUUAUGCAGGGUUUUUAAAAGUGGUAAGUUUGCUUUCAGCUAAUACCAUUCCAUCUCCCACCUGAUGCUGCCUCUGUUCUUAAUAUUUUUACUAUGGUUGAAAACUCAAUGCCUUAUGUGCUCACUCAGUUUUUGUUCUGCCCCGUUUUCUCUCACUGUCUUUUCUGUAUUCAAACUGUGUCAAAUGCUGGCAAAACCUCUAAGACUGUUGAGAAAAUGCUUGAACGUUAAUUUGUUAUAGUGCAAGUUUAUGAUAAGAUGUCUUAAUGUUAUUUGACUAAGUAGUACAUAGGAAUAGAAAAUAACUUAAAUAAAGUCAUUUUUGUAAUUUAAAAUUGAGACUUUGUCCCUUUCUUAAUCAUUUGUAGAAGUCAUGUUUAUCUUCAGCAUUUCUCUUGUGUUUUUGCCUGUUCUGUUUCUGAAGCUCCCUGUACUCUGCAGGAAAUAGGCUGCAUGCCUUCUUUCACUUUGUGUUUAGCUAGUUUCUGCAAGUGUGACUAAUUAUUUCCUUCCUUAAUUCACUGUACUGUGUCUACCUAACAUGCCCCUGGAGUUUCAUUUGGGUAAUUAGUGCCUUAAUAUGUUAUCUGGAGUACAAUUUCUAUGCAUUUGCCAGAUCAGAUUGUACAAUCACUGUCCAGUCCAGCUUUCAGUAAAUACUUUUGUGGUAAUGAUUGUGAUUACUUAACGGAAUCAGAAUGGUUCUGCAGAACUAAGAGGCCUCUCUUAGUUAACCACAUACACUCCAGGCUUACAGAAACCACCUUCAUAAGAAAACUUUAUGCACCACUUACAUGUAAGAAAACUGUGAUUGAUAACUUUUGAAGCUAAACUGUCACUUUACCUAUUUCUCUAUAGUCAUUUAUGACUCAGUUAUUUACUGAUACUCAAUUGAUAGUCCCUUGGAGAAGAACUAUUGAGAUGAGGAGGAUUCUGAGUCUGUUGAGAGGGGCUGUAAGAAACUGUGGAGACGAGAGCUGAGAAAUGCAAUAGGUCAGAGACAUCUGAUGAUUCCAGGGCAGUUUGCACAGAAGAGAAAGACUUGGUCAACUGCCACCUUCUUCUGUGCCAUCUUCCAGUCCUUUCAUUUACACAGAAUUGAGAUAGACUCUGAAAUUAAAUAAAUAGGUUCAGUUAUUCAGAAUUGUUGUCUAGUAAGAUAUAAGUGAAGCAUUUGCGUUUGGGUGGGAAGUACAUGAAGAGGGAAGUCUUAGCCAAUUUUAUGUGCAGUGGGGUCCUUACACUCCCUUCCUCAAUAUGAAAGUAGAAAAAAACUGAUUUUUGUACAAAUCUCUUGGACUUUUGUACAAGUCUCUUGACUUUCUUGGAAGUCGCAUUCUGAGCCUUAACACUAGCAUCAUGCUAACGGAUUUAGUUGUUCUAUGCAUCCACAAAGAUGGGAUGUUAGAGUAUCGACAGCCUUUCCUUUAGUGAGGAGCUGUUUAAAUGAGUUCAUGCUCAUGAAACUGAAGCCUAGAGAUUCAGCUUAGAUCAAAACUACUCAGUCUAAACAUUUAGCCACAUAAUUUAUUUAAGUCCUCUCAAAGAAAGUGAAUUUGUGUCAAAUGGGAAAUAUGAAAAAUGCCAGAGGGAUUAUAUACCUGAUUUAUAUUACAUAAGGCUUUUGCUUACUUAACAGGGAGUCUCCUGAUCAAGGAUGUUCAUUGUACUUUCUCAUUUUAGGCCUAUUUGUUGCCCUUCAAAUUCUACCAACAACAAAUUAAAACAUACAAAGCUCAAGUACAGCAAACCAGGUGGAAGAUUAUUUCCAGAUGGCUGUCCCUCACUCGGAAACUGCUUACAUAAAUAAAAAAUUUUAUUUAAAAAUAUAUUAAAAAGAAACUGCUAGUGAUUUUGAGUGUUUUUCAAUGACUAUUGAGUCUUUAAUUAUGAAUCUGGCCAAGAACUUGCAGCAAAAAAUGCCUGAAAGUAAACUCCAAAACCUUAUGAUAAAAGCUGAUAAUGACAUUCUCAAUAGAACUGCCUACAUAGUAAAAAAUUGUAAGAAAGAAGUUGCAUUUUGGGUUGUUUUAAACGUUUUGAAUCAUACAUUUUUUCUAAUGUGUACAGAGGGAAAAAAUUAUACAGAAAUGUAUCUGGAAUUCUCUAAAUACUUUAAAUAAACUUUACAAUAAAGGAG